CCCCCAUAACCUUUGUCUCGGAAGAUUGACAUCACCCCUCCUAAUGAGGUUGUCUGAUGGCCUGACUGAUUCAUAAAGGAAUAAGGCUGGUCAUUAAUAGAAGGGGAGAGGGAGAUGCGUCACCACUAUCCUCAGAAGCUGUGUUAAUCAGUGACUUUGGUGAAGGCUAAGAAAGUUGAAACAAAUUUGCUGAUGAUAUACAACUUCUAAGAGAGAGAAAAAGUCAAGGCGGGAUUGUGGAAGCUCCUCUCUGCAGCAGUUUGGUAACAGGAGGCACCGUCUGUUAAACAGAAGAUAAAACUACUUCAUGUAAAGUGCUUUGAGCCCAAGAGAGAGCUGUCUUCAGCACCUCACCAUGUGUCUACUUUUUGUUGCUUAAACAAGCCUGGACAUUUCUAUAACAUUCGCAUUCUGUAUCGGAAGAGAUUUCUAUAGAUGAAAAAAAUGCCGUUGUUUAGUAAAUCACACAAAAAUCCAGCAGAAAUUGUGAAAGCUCUAAAAGACAACUUGGCCAUUUUGGAAAAGCAAGACAAAAAAAACCGACAAGGCUUCAGAGGAAGUGUCGAAAUCACUGCAAGCAAUGAAAGAGAUUCUGUGUGGCACAAAUGACAAGGAGCCCCCCACAGAAGCUGUGGCCCAGCUUGCACAAGAGCUUUAUAAUAGUGGGCUGCUGGUGACCCUGAUUGCUGACCUUCAGCUCAUAGACUUCGAGGGAAAAAAAGAUGUGACCCAGAUAUUUAACAACAUCCUGAGAAGACAGAUAGGUACUCGGAGUCCUACUGUGGAGUACAUUAGUGCUCAUCCUCAUAUUCUGUUCAUGCUCCUCAAAGGAUAUGAAGCCCCACAGAUCGCCUUACGUUGUGGGAUUAUGCUGAGAGAAUGUAUUCGACACGAACCACUGGCCAAAAUCAUCCUCUUUUCUAAUCAGUUCCGAGACUUCUUUAAGUAUGUGGAGUUGUCAACAUUUGAUAUUGCUUCAGAUGCCUUUGCUACUUUUAAGGACUUACUAACCAGACAUAAAGUGUUGGUCGCAGACUUCUUAGAACAAAAUUAUGACACUAUUUUUGAAGACUAUGAGAAAUUGCUUCAGUCUGAGAAUUAUGUGACUAAGAGACAAUCUUUAAAGCUGCUAGGUGAACUGAUCCUGGACCGACACAACUUUGCCAUUAUGACAAAGUACAUCAGCAAGCCAGAGAACCUCAAACUGAUGAUGAACCUCCUUCGAGAUAAAAGUCCCAACAUUCAGUUUGAAGCUUUCCAUGUCUUUAAGGUGUUUGUGGCCAGUCCUCACAAAACACAGCCUAUUGUGGAGAUCCUACUAAAAAAUCAACCCAAACUCAUUGAGUUUCUGAGCAGCUUCCAAAAGGAAAGGACGGACGAUGAGCAGUUCAGCGAUGAGAAGAACUACCUGAUCAAGCAGAUCCGGGACUUGAAGAAAGCUGCCCCCUGACGGUCUCAGCCACCCUCCCGCCACAGUCACCGUCUCAUUUGUUCAGUUUGUACAGAAAGUGUCAUUUCAGAAAGUCAUUGUUCUUGGGAAGGCUUUGGA